AUGUUGACAACUGUUCAAGAUGGCGGUUAAUCUCCGCAAAACAAAGACCCACUAACAAACUUCUAGAUAGAUGAUAUUGAAAUGCAAAACAUUCAACCAUAGUAAAUUGUACCUUUUAACUAAACAGAAUAAGCUUUAGACUAAAAAGAAUAAAAACAAAAAAACUAAAAAGAAGCUCCUAAAAAGAAAAAUAAAUCUAAACUCCCUCUUACUGCUCUUUUCAGAUUUGCUACAAAGUAAGAUUGGACUAUGAUGAUUAUUGGUAGUAUCGCAGCUUUGUUGAAUGGUCUUUCUUAUCCUUCUUUUUCUCUUAUAUUUGGUUAGAUGAUAGAUUCUUUUGGACCUACUUCUACUGGAGAUGAUUUAGUAAAAGCAGCUGGAACAUAGUGCAUUUAUUUUGCAAUUAUUGGUAUUGCAAGUUUCUUAUUAAGUUGGAUAUAACUUGGCUGCUGGAUGAUCACUGGCGAAAGAUAAUCAAUAGAAUUUAGAAAACAUUAUUUUAAAGCAAUUAUUAAUUAAGAAAUUGGAUGGUUUGAUUAAGUCAAUCCAAAUGAACUUUCAAGUAAGAUAGCAUCAGAAUGCGCUCAUAUUUAAGAGGCUAUAGGUGAAAAGGUUGCAACAUAUUUAAUGAGCAUAAGCACAGCAAUUGGUGGUUUUGCAGUUGGCUAUACAAGAGGUUGGUAGAUGGCCCUAGUUUCAACUGCAGCCCUUCCAGUUAUUAUUUUAGGAGCUGCUUGCUAUACUCUUGUCAUGCAGAAAUCUUAAAAGGCUAUUUCUGGAUCUUAUGAAACUGCUGGUGGUUUAGCAGAAUAAAGUUUAAAUGCUAUUAAAACAAUUAAAUCUUUAACAGGAGAAGAAUUUGAACUUUCUGUUUACUCAAGAAGUCUCAGUGAUGCAUUUAAGAUAGCUUGCAGAUAUGGUGGAUUAGCAGGAGCAGGAAUGGGUUUAAUGCUCUUAACUAUGUUUUGUGAUUAUGCAUUAAGUUUUUGGUAUGGUUCUUAGCUUAUCUCUGAAGGUGUCUAUAAUUAAAUUUAUGAUCGUAAUUAUACUCAAGGUGAUGUUUACGUCAUUUUCUUUUCAGUUUUAAUUGGUGGUUUUUCUUUUGCUUAGAUCGGCCCAUGCUUAUCAAGCUUUGAAGUUGGAAAAGAAGCUGCAGAAAAAGUGUUCAAAAUUAUGGAUAGAGCUCCUUUAAUUUAAAUGCCUAAAGAUCCUAAAAUAAUUCCUAAUAUUUAAGGUGAUAUCGUUUUUGAUUAAGUAGAAUUUAGAUAUCCUGCUAAAAAAGAUAUUCCUGUUCACAGAAAACUAAGUUUAAGAAUACAGCCUAAUAAAAAGACAGCUCUUGUAGGUGAAUCUGGAUGUGGUAAAUCAACUGUUAUGCAACUCCUCUUGCGUUUUUAUGAUCCUGAGUAGGGAAGUGUUGCAAUUGAUGGAUAUGAUGUAAAAACUCUUGACUUUAGAUGGCUCAGAAAUAAUGUUGGAUAUGUUGGUUAGGAACCUGUCUUAUUUGCAACCACAAUCCGCGAAAAUUUGAAAUUCGGUAAGGAAUCUGCAACUGAAGAAGAAAUGAUUGAGGCCCUUAAAUAGGCUAACGCUUGGGAAUUCGUUUCUCAAUUAGAAAAUUAAUUAGACACUUUUGUUGGUAAUGCUGGAAGUUAGAUUUCCGGUGGUCAAAAACAGAGAAUCUGUAUUGCUCGUGCUAUCCUUAAGAAUCCACAAAUUCUUUUACUCGAUGAAGCUACAAGUGCCUUAGAUAGAAAGAAUGAAGCUAUGAUUUAGAAAACACUAGAUGAAAUUUCAAAGGGUAGAACAACAAUUGUUAUUGCUCAUAGAUUGACUACUAUUAAAAAUGCAGACGAAAUUCUCGUUAUUGAUCAUGGUAAAUUAGUAGAAUAAGGUAGUUAUGACUAAUUAAUUGAAGCAAGAGGUAAAUUUGAAGCACUUGCUAAAAAUCAAAUCUAAAAAGAACAAAAAGAUGAUGAAGAAAGAAAACAAAAAGAAGAGUUAUAAAAAGAAGAUUAAAAUGAAUAACCAGAAAAAUUAGCACAAAGCAUUUAACAAAGAAAUAGUAGUAUCUUCUAAAAUGCUCUUUCAAAAGAAGAACAAGCUGCACAAGAUGAGUAAGAAAAAUAAGCUUACUUUAAAUAGCUCGAGAAAAAUAUGUGGACCAGACUUUUCACUAUGAACAAGCCUGAAAGACCUCAGUUUAUUUUUGGUAUAUUCUAUACUGCCUUAAGUGGUGCUUGUUUCCCCCUAUGUGGCUUGAUUCUCGGUGAGUUUAUCAGUGUACUCUCUGAUCCACAUGCUUCUGAUUUUGAUAGCAAGCGUAGUAUGCUAGCAAUUUAUUUUAUCAUUAUUGGUGUUAUUGGUUUCUUUUUGAAUGUUUUAAAGUUCUACUACUUUACUAGAGUCGGAGAAGGUUUAACCAUGAGAGUAAGAUAAGAGCUUCUUAAAAAAAUGCUCAAAAUGCCUGGAGGAUGGUUUGAUAAAAGUGAAAAUAACCCUGGUACUUUAAGCGCCCGUUUGGCUUCAGAUGCACAUUUAAUUAAUAAUUUGACUUCUAAUGUCGUACAAGUUUAAGUAUUUAACUUCGCUACAUUCCUAACAGGUUUUGUUGUUGCAUUUGUAUACUCUUGGAGAGUAGCUUUAGUAGCUAUUGCUGUUUGCCCAUUUGUUGUUGUAGCUGGUACUAUUCGUGCUAAAAAGGUCUAAGGUUUUAGUGAAGGUAGUGACAAAGCUUACAAAGACUCUGGUAUUAUUAUUAUGGAAGCUGUUACAAAUAUUAGAACUGUUGCCUCCUUUGCUAACGAAAAGAAGUUAGGUUAAUUUUUAGAUGAUACUUUAGUAGAGCCAUACUCUAUCGCUUUCAGAAAAGGUCAUAUCUCAGGAGUUCUAUUAGGAUUUUCAUAAAUUGGAACUUUUGCAGUUUAUGCAGUUAUUUUUAUUUGCAGCGCAGUUUUCGUGAGAGACUAUGGAGUUACUCCUCGUGAAAUGUUUGUUUCUAUCUUUGCCGUUUUGAAUGCAGCCACUUCUGCAGGUAACAAUAACCAUUUUAUGGGUGAUGUUGGAGCUGCUAAAGCCGCUUGCAAAGAAAUAUUUAGAAUUAUUGAUUCCCCAGAUGAAGUAUAAUAAUAAUAAUUACGCAGAGCUGAACUAAAAAUAGAUAGUAAGCCAUUGGUAGUUUAAAAAAUCAAAGGUGAUAUAGAGUUUAGAAAUGUCUCCUUCAAAUACCCCACAAGAGAUGCCACAGUCUUUAGACAUUUAUCAUUUAAAGUUAAUGCUGGAUAAAAAGUGGCUUUUGUUGGUCCAAGUGGUUCAGGCAAAUCAUCUGUGCUCUAAUUAUUAUUGAGAUUUUAUGAUAAUUACGAAGGUUAGAUUUUAGUUGAUGGUGAAGAUAUUAGAAAUUAUGACAUCAAAGAAUUUAGAAAGAACUUCGGUGUUGUAAGUUAAGAACCUACAUUGUUCUAAGGAACUAUUGCUGAAAACAUUAAAUAUAACACUCCAGAUGUUGGUUUUAAAGAAAUUAGAGAAGCUGCCUAAAAAGCUAAUGCCUUAUCUUUUAUUGAAUAAAAAGAAGAUGGAGUAUAAGAUGGUUUCCAAAAGUAGGUUGGUCUAAAAGGAAGCUAAAUUUCAGGAGGACAAAAGUAAAGAAUUGCAAUUGCUCGUGCAGUUAUUAAAAAUCCAAAUGUUAUGCUUUUAGAUGAAGCAACCAGCGCUCUUGACCACGAAAAUGAAAAAAUCGUCUAAGAAGCCUUGAACUAAGUAAUGAAAGGAAAGACUAGUUUGGUCAUUGCUCAUAGACUCUCCACUAUUGUUGAUAGUGAUUAAAUCUUUGUCAUAGAAGGAGGUAAGUUAGUAGAAUAAGGCACUUUUGAUGAACUUAUGUCUAAAAAACAAUUCUUCUAUAGAUUAAACAACAGCUGA